UUCAGGACUCGGACGCUGGGGACAGUCGCUCGCCAAGGGAGCAGUCGGAGCUCGUCCUCUCCGGCUCUCGAGGGAAUACGAGAGCGCAAGGCCGUUUCAGGGCCAUGGAUGAUCCUGGAAACAGAAGAAGGAUCCAUUGCCCCUUCAGCCUCACCUGCUCUCUGCUCAUUUUGGGAACAUGCUGUGUGUCUCCUUUCUUCUGUCAUAGCCAGGUAGAUCUGCUGGCUCUUGACCAAGCUGAUCCUCAGUGCUGGGAAUCCUCCUCAGUACUUCUCCUGGAAAUGCAACAGCCUCGCAUUUCCAACACUGUUUCAGGCUUCUGGAAUUUUAUGAUUUACCUAAAGUCAUCUGAGAACUUGAAGCAUGGGGCCCUGUUUUGGGAUCUGGCUCAGCUCUUCUGGGACAUCUAUGUGGACUGUGUUCUCUCAAGAAACCAUGGCUUAGGAAGAAGGCAACUGGCUGGAGAGGGAGAAAAAGUCUCAUCAGCUCAGCCACAGCAUGCAGGGAGUAAAAAAGGUGCAUAUUCUCAGCUCCUAAGAACCCCGUUCCUAAAGAAGAAAGAGUUGAUUGAAGAUUUGAUAAGCAUGCAUGUACGCAGGAGUGGGUCUAGGUUCAUUGGAAAAGUGAACCUGGAAAUAAAGAGAAAAUAAAUUUGACUUCUGAAGUAACUCAUGCCUUGGAAUUAAACAUAUGCAUAUAAUAUUAUAGGCACAUAAAUAUUUUUUUCUUAACUAUUGAUAUUUACUUAUUUACUUUAAAUGGUGGACAUGUCCAGGGAUAAAUAUUAAGCCAAAUUCUCAAAGAAAACUUAUUUAAAGCUUCAUUUUUUUAGGCAACCAGCAUGUUCUUUCCAAUGGUGUCUGCUGCUAGAACAUCCCACUGUCUAAAUGAGUUAAGUAACUUCUGAAGAUGACUUGGGGAUUGGAAGACCCCAACUCUUGAUAUUCAUUUGAUUAUAUCUGGAAAUCUUGACAUCAUUAAUGAACCAGAGGACAAUGGAUUUAAUUCACUGAAAAUUCUGCAUGAAUUUCAAGCUAUUAACCAUUAGAUUGCUUAUGCAGUAGCAUAUAAGGGGCUAUAUAUAAAUUAAUACCUGUUACUGAUAACCUGUGAAGCUAAAUCUUGUUUGAGAGAAUAUUUUUUGAAUAUUGAAUAAAGCAACAAAUAAAACAAAAUAAAAAUC